AUGGUUCUUGCACGGUUUGCCUGGCUUGCCGGCUUGGUUAGCACUGCUAUCGCUGCGACCCCGGCUGAAUGGCGAUCGCAGUCGAUCUACUUCAUGCUCACUGAUCGCUUUGCCCGCACGGAUGGUUCGACUACAGCUGCCUGUAAUACCGGUGAUAGAAAAUACUGUGGCGGAACCUGGCAAGGAAUCAUUGAUAAGCUGGACUACAUCCAAGGAAUGGGCUUCACAGCCAUUUGGAUCACUCCCGUGACCGGUCAAUUGACUGAGGACACCCCGUAUGGAGAUGCUUAUCACGGAUACUGGCAGCAGGACAUCUAUGCUCUCAACUCAAACUACGGAACCGCAGACGACCUCAAAGCCCUCGCUGCAGCUUUGCAUAAACGCAACAUGUAUCUCAUGGUCGAUGUAGUAGCAAACCACAUGGGCUACGAUGGCGCAGGUGCUGAUGUAGAUUACACCAAAUUCAACCCCUUCAACGAUGCGAAGUAUUUCCACUCCUACUGCCCAAUCACCGAUUACAACGACGACACCAUGGCGCAAAACUGCUGGCUUGGUGAUGACAAGGUUUCGCUACCGGAUCUGAAUACACAGAGCACAGAGGUGCAGGAUAUGUGGUAUAACUGGGUUGGUUCUUUGGUCUCCAACUACUCGAUCGACGGUCUCCGCGUCGACACGGUCAAACACGUCCAGAAGGAUUUCUGGCCCGGCUACAACAAAGCCGCGGGCGUCUACUGUGUAGGCGAGGUCUUUGAUGGCGACGUUGGUUAUACCUGUCCAUACCAGGAGGUAAUGGACGGAGUGCUCAACUACCCAAUUUACUACCCACUUCUCAAAGCCUUCCAAUCGACCUCGGGAAGCAUGACUGACCUAUACAACAUGAUCAACACGGUGAAAUCGACCUGCAAGGACUCAACCCUUCUCGGAAAUUUCUUGGAGAACCAUGAUAACCCUCGAUUUGCCUCCGUCACGGGCGACAUGGCCCUCGCCAAGAACGCAGCCACAUUCACUAUCAUGGCAGACGGCAUUCCUAUUGUCUACGCAGGACAAGAGCAGCACUAUAGUGGUGGUGAGGACCCAGCUAAUCGCGAGGCUCUGUGGUUGUCCGGAUUCAACACAGACAGCGAGUUAUACAAGCUCAUUGCAAAGGCCAAUGGUGCUAGAAACCAGGCGAUUGCUAAGGGUACCAAUUAUACUAUUUACCAGAACUACCCAAUCUACAAAGACGACAGCACCAUCGCCAUGCGGAAGGGCUAUGACGGCGGGCAGACAAUCACCGUCCUGACAAAUCUCGGUGCAGGAGGUAAACAGUACUCUGUUUCAAUUCCUGAUACUGGAUUCGCGGCUGGUGCGAAGUUGACGGAGGUUGUGUCCUGCGCCAGUCUUACUGCCGGUGAGAAAGGGGAGGUGUCUGUUGCUAUGGCUGGUGGAGAGCCCAGGAUUUUGCUACCCACCUCUUUGCUUGAGGGCUCGACUCUGUGCUCGUCGUAG